AUGAUGUCAAUGAAACCCUAUGACAGAAGCAAUAGAUACUUCUAUGGUCAGAUCAACGUGUGUCGAAGUUUGAAGUGGGUUUCUCUUUUUUUUUGAGAUUUGACUGAUAUUUUCUACGUUUAGAACCGACCUUCCAACAGAGUCUCGUUGUAUUCUGCUAGCUCAAUACUCGAAGUUUGGUUUGUUCAAUUCUCAAUCCUCACGAGCAGAGACGUGUUCAGAAAUUGGGCCUCUUGUGAGGGAAAUCAAGAAGAUCGAGGAACUGCACAGCUGUCAGAUCGAGUGCAAAUUUCCGGCUCCAAACCGCAAGAAACUGAUUUUCUUCGAAAUAAAAGCAUACCAUGUGAGAUUAUCUCAUUGCAAUUUAAAAAAAAACGAUUGUCUUUCUUUUGAGCAAGAUUAGAAGAAAAAUCUUUUUUCAAGAAUCAGAAAUAAAUUAAAGAUGGUCCUUCGAUGUGCCAACCAUGACCUGCGAGAAAUGUUCAAGCGACAUUGUCAGGAAACCGACAGCUCUUGCACUGUAAGUUUCUUUGUUGUUUGGCUCGCCUCAGAAUUUACGAAAUCAUUUGAUCCUUUUUCCAGUUUUACUGUCCUUGCGAUGUUCCUGAAUAUUAUGGCAAGUUUUUUCGAUUCUACCCGGAUUAUGACGAUGAUGACGACGCAAGGUGAGAACAAUGAUUCUUGGGUAAAGUACUUGAAGAAAGUUUCUUUUUUUCAGCAGCCCGGAAAAGAAUCCUGAACCUGAUUGGAGCUCAAUCUCUUGCACAUGCGUGGAGAGAUCAGCUGAAAGGAUUCUUGGCAUUCCUGUGCGAGCUCCCCUGUGUAGGUGCCCAUGCGAACGCUGUAAAAAGUGAGUUGUUUUUUAUAUUCCUUGUUUUAUAGCUUACUGUACCUGAUAAAAAACACUUGAACGGAGCAAAAAAUUUCUUUUCCAGUUCCAAGGACGGUUAUAAACCUGGAUCGGGUUUGGAGGGUCCUGAAGAAGCUUCUGAUUCUCCACCCAGGUGAAAAAUGUAUCAUUGAUAAACUCAAAGUGAACAAACUUUGAUUUCAAAUGAGCUUUUUUUGUUAUCAAACAAGUCAAGUUCAAAAAAAUUCCCAACUUUCAGCUCUUCGCCGCCGGAAUCUCUUCUCACAUGCUCCUGUCGCAUAAACUGGGCCAUGAAAAUCCUUGGCGUUAGCCCGACAGUCGAGAAGUGUCCAUGUCCUUGUACUCGUUGUAGAACUCCUCAUGAGUGAGUUUUUAAUUAUUUGUGAUUUUUUUCCGCUGCUUUCAGAUUUGAAAAGUUACAGUUUUUCAUAAUGAUGAAAAUUUGAAGGAAAAUUCAGUUUUGCUCAUUUUCAAAAUAACUGAGCUUUUCGAAAUCAACUCUUUAAAAUGAAGAAGAAUGGGCUCUAAAAGUUUCAUUGCAGUCAUCUACUGAGUAACCCGAGUCCGCCGGAUCCAACCGUCUGCCCUUGCAUCAAUUGCGCUGAUAUUCGUUUUUACAAUGAGACUUUCCCGACUCCGCAAGCUUCAAAUUGGUAUGUUUUUUUGUAGGUUCUUCAAAAUGAGAGCCUUUCGAAAACUGGCAAAAAUUUUCGCGUCAAAAUUUUGUCAGAAACUUUGCGGAGCAGACUUUUGACUUUUAUGGAUACUUGUUAGGUUGCCAAAGGCUCAAAAAAAUUCACUGAUCCGAGAAAAACCAUAUUGAUAAUCUAAAAAAUAUUUUUCAGUGACGACUAG